UCGGUUGUUUGACAUUUCCAGUAGCCAUUUGCCGCCAUUUCUAAAGCGUCUAUCUAUUCCAGCUCUAAUUUGUGCAAUGGUAGAGAUAUUAAAGAUGAAGGACAAUAAUAAAAAAGUAGAAUGCUCUUUGCGUUCUACCGGAUCGGAAACAUCGGAGAUAUCUCCUCAGGCAAAUCCCCUGCGUCGCCGUACUCGUUGGAGUCCUCUGGUACCAAACAACGUGACAAUCAUAGAUAUGACGACGAGUCACCAACCCAAGUCUACCAUCCAGCAGGAUGAGAACCCGUCUCCGGGGGUAUGGACGGAGAAGGAAGUUACGGUCAACACCCAACGUUUCCGCUUUAUUCCUAGGGUUGUAGAACGGAAACUAGGUGUGGCUAAGCGUCAGACGGGAACGACGGUUGUGAUUUCGUACCAACCGGUGCCCCAAACUCAACAGGACGGGAACCGGUGUCUGGUGACGCCGAUACAACGGGCGGCUAAACGGCCGAUUGCGGAGCGAUGUCUGAUCGAACCCAAGCGUCUACGGGUACCGAAAAAGAAACGGUGCUUGGUGAUCCCCGAUCGCCAGCCAUAAAAGUAGGUGACCUUAAAUAGAGAUAGUAACGUUGGACGGAGAUCGAAUGAUAUCUAUUAAUAAACUUCAGUUAAUUUAACUUCAUUUGAUUUUAUACGAUUGCCUCUACGGUUGAACAUAUUUGCUUAAAACUUACGCAUUGCUACUAAACCAAAAAU